AUGUAUCGCAGGCAGUCCAUCCUGUCGCAUCGGCCCAAGACCUCCUCCGACAUAGACGCUGAAUCCUCCUCCUCCUCUUCCUCCUCCUACCUCCAGCACCACCACAACACCCACUCCCUUUCCAGCACGACCCCUAUCCCGGCGUCGCCACCCCACACCAUGAAGCGAACCAUUUCGCAGACGUUCCCUGCCCCCCAUGUCUCUGACAUCAAGGACACCAACAUGCUCGACGCGGUCAACGAGGCCACCAUGGCCGUCGACGGCGCCUCGCAGCAUUCACAGGCCAGCUCCUUCUCGCGUGCCUUUGGCGCCGUGGCCGGGAGUUUCACCCGCCAAAAGACUCGCAGGCGAAUGUCGUCCGUCUCUUCAGCCACACCUUCACAGCGCCGCCGCGGCUCCAUACAUUCGCUCUUCGAAUCUCUUCCUCCCUCGGCCGCAACCCAGUCCAAGCCCAACCCGGACCUGCAGCGAGUGCCUCUGCAACACCAAGACUCUGGAAUCCCCGCCUUCCCAAUGCAGUCCCAGUCGACCCCCUCGAGCUCCAAGACCUUCUCUCCCUUCAGGCGCCUGAGCAGCAUGCGUCGUCGCCCAACCGCCCCUGCGUCGUCGACCGACGUGGCCAAGUCCGUCUUCACAUGCCCCCUCACAUACCCCAGCCAAGCCGUACCCGGCACCGCAGCACGACAAGCUGCCGCCGCCGCCAACCAGGACCGCCAAAACCAGCUACGUCGCGAGCAGGAACACACGCAACGCUUCCUCAAUGGUCUCAUCCCAAGCUCGCGCGACGAUGACAUCAAGGACAACGAGAGCGGCGUCGACAUGACGUGUGCCUCGCCCAUUGUUCGAGCCGAUAGCGUCACCGAAAAGAAGAUGAUCGACCCUUUCCAACGCCUACCUGCCGAACUCGUCACCACCGUCCUCUCCAACCUCGACGCCGCCUCCCUUGUCCGUGCCGAGCGAGUAUCCCGAAGCUGGAACGAGCAUGCCGCCUCACCCCAUGUCUGGCGAAAUGUCUUCCUCCGCAAGCACGAGCCCGAGGUACACGUCUCACCUGCCCCCAUCCAGAUGGGCGGCUUGGGUACGGGCAAGAUGGCUGGUGGCAACCCUGCUCCCGCACAAGAUUGGAAGAAGAUGUUCGAGGCUAGGGCCACCAUUGACGCCCGAUGGAAGACUGGUGCUCCUGCUGCCAUCUACCUCAAUGGCCACACCGACAGUGUCUACUGCUGCCAAUUCGACGAGAACAAGGCCAUUACCGGCUCACGCGAUCGAACCAUCCGUGUGUGGGAUCUCGAGACGUACAAGUGCAUCAAGGUAUACGGCGGUCCCAACCACCGCCCGACAGCAAACACUCCCCCACCCAUGGAGGAGCGACCGGAGCGUGUCAUCAGCCAUGCCUCGAUGAACGGCACCCCGGCUGGCAACGACAUCUACACUGUUCCCGCCGACUACCACGAUGCAUCCAUUCUCUGCCUCCAGUACGACAGCGAGAUUAUGGUCACGGGCUCAUCCGAUUACACAUGUAUCGUCUGGGACAUUACCGGCGAAGAAUAUGUCCCCAUGUACCGGCUCCGUGGUCACGAAGCUGGUGUCUUGGAUGUUUGCUUGGACGACAAGUACAUCAUCUCUUGCUCCAAGGAUGCCAUGAUCAAGGUUUGGGACCGCAAGACUGGCAACUGUCUCCGCACGCUCAAGGGCCACCGAGGCCCAGUCAAUGCUGUGCAGCUUCGCGGCAACUUCCUCGUCUCCGCCAGCGGUGACGGUGUAGCCAAGCUGUGGAACCUCGAGACCGGCGUCUCCAUCAAGGACUUUCCCUCCGAAGACCGUGGUCUUGCUGCCGUCGAGUUUUCAGAUGAUGCCAAGUAUGUUCUUGCUGGCGGAAACGACCAUGUAGUGUACAAGUUUGACGCCUCUACCGGCGAGCUUGUGCACAGCAGGGUGAAGCACGAUGGUCUUGUCCGCUCAUUGUUCCUCGACGCAUUCAACGGACGCAUCGUAUCCGGAUCCUACGACCAGAGCAUUCAGGUAUCUGAUUACGAAACCGGCCAAACAUAUGCCGUCUACAAAAACUGGACAACGAGCUGGAUUCUGUCAGCCAAGAGCGACUACAGGCGAGUGGUUGCUACCAGCCAAGACGGUAGGACGCUGAUCCUGGAUUUUGGUCAUAAUGUUCCUGGAGCAGAACUGCUCGUUGGAUCAAAGUGA